AUGUUCAUAAAUAAAAUAAGAAAUUUUCUUAAAACGAAUCAAAUAAUUGCUGAGGAUGUAGCCUACAAACCAAUAACCGAUCUCACUGUUGAGAAUGAGGAAUCAAGCUUUUCUUCAGAAUUCGAAAAAAUAGAAUUGUUUGCGUACAGUGAUGAGGAUGAAAUAUCUAUUUAUGAAGACAUGCUAAAUUCCGAGACAACGACGUUGAAAGAAAAAUAUUUGGACUUUGCGUCCGACAGCGACGAAAUAGAUAAAAUUACUGAAGAAGGCGUAAAAUUCCAUGAGAUAAAUAAUGAACAAGAAGGUGAAUCAACCUUGCCGUAUUAUGAACCUUUUCAGGAUGAAGAGAUCCAUGAGUCCAGUUUUCCUGACUCGUCACCUAUUGAGACAGAAUCUAAAGAUGACAUCGACACCCAAGAAAUUGACGACGAAAACAAAUUUGAUAAUUUGCCGAGGGGAGAAUUUGCUGAAGAACUUGGAUUAGGCAAUAACGAUUUGAAAAACAAAUCAACCCUCAAACAACAGGUUACUUCUUUACUGCGUGCUAUAGAAUUUUCAGCUAAACCCGAAGAAUCCAUCUAUCAUGUACCGGGUGACCUCGAAGAAUCCGAAGAAAUAGAUGAUGACGGCAGCAAGGAAAUUCUCUUUGACAGUGUGGAGCAGAGAUUCGACGAUAAGUUGACAAUAGACGCUAAUCAAGAUGAUGUCGAGAUAAAUCAUUCCGAACAAAUAGUCGCUGUUGAAUUAAAUCACAUGUUUCGUAAAUUAUAUUCAGAGCAUCAAUAUUCGGAUCAUGAAGACUUUUCUUUUGCACACACAAUUAUCAAGGAUUGUUCAACUAAUAAAUGCUACUGA